AUCAGAGGUCCGAGGGAGGAGCGGGGGGUGCCGGUGCCUCCGCCAGCUCAGAGCACGCGCAGCAGCGGACCAGGGCAGCACGCUGAACUCAGGAGCGCUCCCGAAACACGGCGCGAGAUCACAGCUGCGCUUUGUUCGGGUCCAGUGAUCUCGCUCGAGCUCGCGUUUAACUGGUGCCUCCCGCGAGCUCCCCCCGAGGUCGAUUUGCUUACCUCCCACGAGCUGUGGACUCGGACUGGAAAUUGUGUGCCUUAGGACGGACACGUUUUACUGCGUGGAGCGUUCGAGCCUUGCGGCGCAGGCGUCCAGGAUAUACCCGCUGCACGAGCAUGUUUAAGAAAAGCAAGAGCAAAGUUUUGGUGGAUGAAGCGUCAGAGGAGGACGACGUGUGCUGGCAUCAGGAGCACGCGAACAAGGAUAAAGAAUCUGAGCGAACAGAGGAAGUACUAAGCCCCUCAACAAAGGACUCCAAGAGUAAGAAGGUCAAAUCUAAGCGUGAUAGAGGAGACAAGAAGCUGUUCCCUUCACAGGACGACGAGGACUUUCUGCUGACAGGAGUCACCCUUUCAAACCGAAAAGGGGCUGCUAAGAAGAGCUGGGAGGAGGAGAAGAGCCGUCCACACUCGGAGAAGAACCGUGUCCACUGCCUAUGGGACAGCAUCACCAUGACGAUGCGGCAGAUCACUCCCAAUCAGAAGAUUGACAAGAUGGAGGGCUGGGAGCCGCCUCAGCUGAGCGAGGGGGAGGGAAAGAAGGGGGACUCCUCGCCACUCUCCACCCCGCUGUCUCUGUCCCUGCCAGGGCCACUGAGUUUGCCGUCAUGGACGGGGCUGGGUCCGGACGAAGACUCUUCUCGCUAUUCCAGUUUGGCUGAACCUCAGGCGGCAGGACCCGCCCAGUGGGCGGCCCGAGCUCGUGACAAACUGGCUGCUGUGCGGCGCCGCAGCCCUGGGAGCCAAUCAGAGAAUGCAUGGGAGGGGCUUAAAUGAGAAAUCCAACUUCUUUUGAAACCUUCGAUGGAGAAUGAUGAAGCUAUGGAACUAUAAUGCUUGUAUAUUCACCGCUCAGAUCUGAACGGAUCACAUGCAGGAGAGGGCAGCAAGGGAGGAGAAACAAGAGGGUGACCUUCUGAGGCUGCUUGAUGACUCUUUUUUUGAAUACCAUGGACCUUCGUCCUUGGAGAGCCAUCUCUUGUGGCGUUUUAAAACAGAUAUAUUUGAGGUUGUCUUGCUGUUCUUUUGUUAAAAUAAAUUAUCUAAGCUUCAUCGUUUUCCCUUGAAGGACACACUGAGCAACUUGGCUGUGUCGGCUGCCUCUUUGAAGAGGGCACGUGACUGUGACCCUGAAAUGCUUGUUGAUGUUGUAAUUCACAGGCUGUUUUGUACUCCUCCAGAAUGAGUGUGAGAUGAAUCACUUUGGUAUUUAAGUAUAUUCUUUACUUCCAAUCAGCCACUGUUUAAUCUUCCCAUAAAUCAGCUUGAAUGCCUGUUCCUGCCUAAGGGCUGUCUGCACUUCACACAGCCACAGAUAGGGGGUAACAUUAGACUACUGUGCCUUAUAACUGUAACACAGAAAAAGAAAUUAGAAUAUUACUGAUUAUAUAAAUAUUAAUGUGAGCGCAUCAGAACCUAAAUCAUUUAAAAAAUGCCUUAUACCACCAAACUGUGAACACCCCUGUACUAAUGCUCGUUACUGAAUUAACAAUCACAGAUAAACAGUAAUCCUGUUUUCAAACUCAAAUCCACAUGAAACAUAGCCACCAGUAUAGUUUUGGGUGUAGUGUCUCUCCUCAGGCGUUAGGGAAAGCUAAUAUGAGGUAGGACAUUUCCCUCUUUGGGCUCAAAUGCCUGAAAUUAAUGAAUGUACAAUUUUGUAUUGCACGUUUUGCCUAUCUAGUGCUUGCCACUGCCUAUGAGCCUUAAAAAAAUUGGGGGGGGGGGGUGCUAAAAUGUACCACAGAUGCAGGUUUUCCUGCACUGUCUAACAAUCACACUGAAUCAGUUAAGGUUAAAGCCCUGAUAGCACAAUACUCAACAGGGUUUUACAGGACUUGUUUAGAACUUGUUUAGUAGUUGAUUUUCUGAUCAGAUACUGCUUUUCCUGCUGGUAACAAGCAUUUGGUAAUGCUAAAGUGCAGAGAGGACUGACACCAGGCCUGGCAGAUUUGCUGACAUCCUGAAGACACCAGAAGGUUGCCAUGGUGAAAGCAGAAUGUUAGAUGAAUUAAUUUCAUGGCUAAAAUGGUGCCUCUAUAUUUAAGAUGUAUCGUAAGAACAUAUUUAAAAUUGUGCGGAUGUAUUUUAAAGGUUGUAUGCACUUGUAGGUGGUCACUUGCUUUGCCAAACCUUGACCAUCAGCAAAAAAAGAGAAAAAAAAAAAAAGACAAUGACUCUUCCAUGUUGACUCGGACUGAUAUUAAUAGAUGUGCGUAUACUAGUGUGUAAUGUCAAAGGUUCUUUAGUAGUAUUCUCCUGAAAGAUCUGAUUAAUUAACUUGAGUGAAUAAAGGUAUUUAGUCAUUUUUACUGUCUUUGGUUUGAUGGGAAAUGCUAUAAUGUUGAUGGUUUCACCAUCAGGUUGUUCACCUUCUGACUCCAAAUAAAACAUCUUCUGCAUAUCCAAA